AUGGAUAUAACAUCGUCACCAUAUUGGCCAAGGGGUAACGGAAAGGCGGAAUCGGCAGUAAAGAUAGUGAAAACGUUUAUGAAAAAAUGUGCUGAUAUCCAAUUGGCUCUCCUUACUUAUAGAAACACACCACAGGAGGGACAUUCGUUAAGUCCAGCACAGAGGAGUAUGGGUCGCAGGACUAGACUUAACAUUCCAGGGUUUCCAGAGAUGCUUGGGCCUGAAUAAGGAUGUGUCAAAGUUGGUACAGUCAGAAAUCAGUCUCAAAAGAGAGAAGGCGAAGAAGUUUUAUGACAGGAAGGCUGGGAAGGAACAUCUAAAUGUGCCAAUUGAAAGCUAUGUCUACAGCAAACCAUGCCCUCGUAAUAGAUCAAGUCCAUGGCAGUAUGGUCAAGUCGUGAGGAAGCCCACGUCAAGGUCAUAUGUAAUAAGUACUUCAAAUGGUACUGUGCGAAGAAAUCGAGCACAAAUACGCCAAGCUUCCCUUCCUUCACCCCAGGUGAAAAUGAAUGAUGAUAUCAAGCUCAAGAUGCAGAUUCCAGAAGAUCCAGGUAAUCUUCAAUUGUCGGACAGUCAGUCUACAGCCCCUGAGGUGCAAGGGCAGUCACAAGUACUUACUCCUUCUAGUAAGGAAUUCAAUUCUUCAGGUGAUGAUUCUAAUGAAGGAUCUAGCCUGGGUACAUUGUAUAGAACAAGAUUUGGAAGAGUAGUUAGAUCACCUAAGAUCUUUGAUCCUUCAGGUUAAUUUAUUCGAGCUUUAAAAGGAUAAUUAUUUAAAUUAAACAUUUUUGUUAAAGACGAGAAAACAUUUAAAGAAAAGAGAGACAAAGAAGCUUUAUGAACAGGGGGGAUAUUACUGUGUACUUACAGUGAUAGCAUAAGUGAUGAUGGAAAAUUAGGGAUAGGUUUAACAAGAUGGCGACCGUGUAAUAUAAAAGCUUGUAUUUUAGGAUUUUGUGUUAUUAGUUUACAAAGUCAGCUAUAGUAACUGUAUUUGGUCCCUAAUGUUCUCCAAACCAUUGCAUGUGUAUAUUUCGCCUGCUCCGGCAUUUUAUUUCUAGUUUUCUUUUUUCUUUUUAUUUUAACAAAUAUGUUUGGACCAAAUAAAUUUGUGCGAAUAUUUAUGUGUACGAAAUAGAUCUACAAGACUAUGGCAAAUCAAAUAUUCAACCUAAUAAAAAAGAAAUAUAUAUGGAAAAUCCAAAAAAGCAAGGUACCUGUUAAGGACUCUUGAGGACACAUGCAAGGCACCUGCCAGUAAAGUAGAAAUAUGAAAGUACACAAGUGUUCAUUAUAUUAGUACAUCUGUCAUCCACUUAUUAAAUGGAUGAAUGAAUGGGAAGUAACGAAGAAAUGAACUGGGCAAUCGAAAAGCGAUAAAGAAGAGUAAUUAAAAUAUACAGAAAGCAAAAUUCCGUAUGGUUCGUUGGAUGGACGGGUCAACAAUGACAGACAGGUAGACAUAUAGACUGAGGAAUAAAUGAAUCCACCUCCGUCCUGUGGCAAGGAUCGAUAUUCACGCAUAAAGGAUUACAACGGCGUUUGAACUACAUAAGGAAGACCUGAAUUGCGGUCGUCUUCAAAGAAUGAAGCAUAAUUGUUUAUCUUCAGAUUAAGGUAAUUUUGAAAAUCCUGGUUCUCAAAUUUAAUAGAUACAGGCCGUUUUCCACCAGGCGGAAUUUUGCGCGCGAAACGGAAUUUUUCUAUGUCUUUUCUAAUUAGUUCCACCCGAGAAAUCACAAGACAAAGAAAAAUUCCGCUCCGCGCGGAAAAUCCGCCUAGUGGAAAAGGGCCUUAAUUUCCCCUUGAGGCUUGAACUCUCUCAAUUAUCCUAUCUUUCGCCUGUCUAUUUUGAAAUUUGUGUUGCCUGACAAGCAACGACUUAACCAGUGAAACGUAGAGUGUACGCGUGAUUUUAAUGUCUGCUAACGAUGGGCAUACAUGUUCUCUGCAGCUCAAAAAGUAAUGUGAUUACGUUCGGCGAUAGAAUUUCAUUUAUGUGAGAGUUCCAAGGAAUUUUGCUGAAUAAGGUGACUCCAAUGUCUCUCUCCUCUUCAAUUUACAGCAAC